CCGAUAACUCGUAAUCACGAAAGGUAUACGUCGAGCUGCUGUAAACGUCGAUCUCCGCGGAUAUCUUCACGUGCGUUUCUGUGCUAUUUGUGUGUCGUUGUCUGAGUGUAAAGCAUCGAGAGGAGUGCAAGGUGUGGCUAACAGAGAUUUACCGGUUUAUCGUUCCUGGAAAGAACCAGGGCGAAAGCAGUCGGUGGAACGUGUACUCUCACAGCAGCAGGUUUCACGUUUAAACUGGCAAGCGAUCGUCGCAGGAUCGGGAUGGCGUGGCAACAAAGACCUUAUUCCUUCUGUUCGCGGAUCGACGUCGUACAAUUGCGUCUAACUCCGACAAUCGAUCCGACCGUGGCCCAACUUGACAGCAAUUUAAAAUCGCUUCUCCUCCUGUGAGCCGUACCAAGUGCACCGCCACAAACUAUCAUUCUCCCACGAGACGUUGUUGUAGACCUUCUUCCGCUUCUUUUAGCAGGCGUUAUUAUGCGGACGCGUUGUCUAAUCAUAGAAUAAAAGAAUAAGUAGUCGAAUAAAACUCGAAACACACGAAACAGACGAUUUAUCGAAAAAAAAGAACACCGAAGAUAUAGAAUUCGAAAAAACAUCGAUGAAGAUGAACCGACGAAAAGUGAAAGCACCAUCUUUUCAGGAGAAAUGGCGAUCCCUUCGCCCAAAUGCGCCAAGGGCAGCGAAAUGGAAACGACGACAAGAAGUUGGAUAGCGAGACCGAUUUUAAACCACGACUUCAUUGCUGAUCUACCUCUUGAGCUUGUCUACGUGGGUUUACUUAAAAGGAAAGAGGACAUCUCGAUCGCGAUUAAGAGUAUCUCUUCCGUUCUGCCAGGUUUCCAUCAUCUGAAACGUUGCUCCUCAAACAAGUUGCUGUUGGCGCCAGUAGACUCUAGAAAAUUAUUAGCGGAACCAGAAGACUCCAAGGAAUCCAAGGAAGAAUUCACUUUGACUCAAGACAAACUGAAAAUGAUAUUAACGGAAAGAGGAUUUAACUUAUCCUUAUUGGAAGAUGACUUUCGUACAGCGAAAGUGCCAGCGAGAGCAGCCAAAACGAAGGCACAAGCUGCGCGGGCCUCGACCAUUUGGCCUUUGAACUUUCAUCCAGAUCCUAACAUCGAACGACUGGUCGAUGGAUCGGUUUUCACGGAACAUCAAUUGGCCCUUAUAGAGAGGUACAUGAACGUUGCGAUAGAGGCAGCCAGAUUAGAAGCUGUCGGCGACUCGAAUUGUAACGGCAGCGCGGUGAUCGUUGACCCAGUGGAUGGAAGAAUCCUUGCGGUCGCAGCCUCGAAAAUCGAUCGGCAUCCAAUGUGGCACGCAGCUAUGCUGGCCGUAGAUCUCGUUGCCAGACUUCAAGGUGGAGGAGCUUGGAAAUUCGAGGAAAGAUUGGAACAAAAGGGUACCGAUGAUUCGGAAACGUCCGAAUCUUCCGCCAACAGAGACGCAGAAGAUAAAAUGACCAAAGAAAUGAGAAUCAAGAGGAAAUACGUCGAAGAAGCUCCACUUUGCUAUCCAGAAACGCUAUCGAAGAUUAGCCUUCCAAAGGAAGAAUGUUUGCAAUCUACUGAAAUUCGACGAGGACGCAGGAAUAACGGUUCGACGAAAACGAUGGAUUCUAGGACAGUCGAACAGACUGAAGCAACAGACACGAAAAAAUGUGGUCCCUAUUUAUGUACAGGAUACUGGACCUUCUUGUUAAGGGAGCCGUGUCCUCUUUGCGCUAUGGCACUCUUGCACUCUAGGGUUUUAAGAAUAUUCUACGGUGUCCCGAAUAGAAAUACAGGCGUGUUAGGGUCCAAGACGGUCUUGCAUGCUGUACCAGGGUUGAAUCAUCGAUAUCAAGUUUGGAGUGGCGUUCUGGAACAAGAAUGUCGACAAGCGUUGCAAGAAAUCGAGCACAGAAAUAUGAAUUGACUCACACGGCGCAUUCGUAAUGAUUAAUGGCCAUUUUCAAGCAAGCUAUGAUUCGCGGAACCAUCUAACAUUGUCGCUCUGUUACAGACAUUUUGUACGUUUGAAGAAUUAAAAACAUUGAAGGAGAUCCUGUACGUGUUUCGAUACGA